AUGUCUGACACUAAAACUCCUACCCAAACCCACGACAGUCCAGUCAUUGGUGUCCACCAAGAAGAAGAAGACGUCGAUGAGUUGUUCAAUGAUGAUGACGACGGAAUCCCACAGCCUUCUGCUGACCACCAUCUCGAUUCAACAAUAGUCCAAAGUCCAGCUGCUAUCGCCGACCGUACAGACGAUCCCAUUGCUACCACGGAAGAUACUAAUGCCGAUGGCCAAGGCAAUGCCAAUGCCAAUGCCAAUGUCGAUGCCAACGCCGAUGAUGACGUUGAAAUGCAAAAUGCUACUGCCACCGACAACGUUGAAGCAAAUAACACUGCAAUCAACUCUACUAAACCACAAUCCAAGCAACAACAACAACAGCAGCAAUCUUCUAAACCCUCCAAGAAAAGACCCCUUCCAAAGGCAUCCAUCCCCCUGAUAAACACAACUAUCCCAGACUUGCCAGAGCUCACCAGAAAGGACAAGACUCUUAAGGAGGUGUUGGAACUCAUGGACUCAGAAUUCCAACCCAUUAUCCCAGACAUUGUCACGGACUACUAUUUGGCUAAGAACGGGUUCGAGACCUCGGACUUAAGAAUCAAACGUUUACUUGCGCUUGCUACCCAGAAGUUUAUCUCGGACGUUGCUCAAGACGCAUACGAGUACUCCAGAAUUAGAAGUGCUAGCGCCGUCUACAACUCUUCCAAUCCACAAGUCAGAGCCAAGGCUUUGUUGCAGGGACAACAGUUUGCUAACAUGGCUUCAGGAAGUAACAUGGUCAAUGGUAACGACGCCAAUGCUGCUAAUGCCGAUGGUGCUGUGGAAGGAGCGAGUGCUAAUGCAGGGGGUGCGUCAACUGCUGCUUCUGCUGCAUCAUCUUCAGGUGCUCAUAGUGCAGGUAAUCUGCAAGGGAAGGUGGUUUUAAAAAUGGCCGACUUAAGCAGUGCUUUAAGUGAAUAUGGUUUAAAUGUCACUCGACCUGAUUUCUAUAGAUAA